GGUUUUCCUGGCAUGACCUUUUCCCUUGGCAACCACUUCCUCCGAGCAUCCACGGCCAUCUUUAAUUUUAACUCAUUCAUGAAAAGUUGUUUCGCUCAUGUAAACACGCCGAGCGACACAUCUGCGCACAGAGCUGCACCGAGGACGCUGUGUGCAUGUAGUUUCCUUGCGACAAGCUCCAAACAGAGCAGAGCAGCACCGCAGCAGGCUGUCCGCCGAGAUUAAGUAAACACCGACAGCGAUGAGAAAGAAGCAGACCGCCAAACAGAGGAAGACUGAGGAGACUAACGUUACAGUUGUCCAGGAGUUUGUGGUGGAAAAAAUAAUUCGCAGGAGAGUCUCUAAUGGAAGAGUUGAGUACUUCCUGAAGUGGAAAGGCUUCACUGAUGCAGAAAACACUUGGGAACCGGAGGACAAUCUAGACUGUCCUGAACUCAUUGAAGAGUUCCUGAGGAACACCCAUCUGUCUGAAGGGAAUGAGGAAGAGCAAAGUGAGCAGCUAGAGCCUGAGUUCAUUCCUAAAGAAGAAAUGACAGAACAAGAGACAGAAAUUUCCUGUAUGCAGUCCCAGCAGCAGGCUUGCACCGUGCCCAGUGACAGUGACGUCCUGGAGCCAGACACACCCACUAACCUCAGCACUUACCUCGAGCCUGAAUGCAUCAUCGGCUCCACAGACAGACAGGGAGAGCUCAUGUUUCUAGUCAAAUGGAAAAACUCUGAUGACGUGGCCCUGCUGCCGGCCCGUGAAGCGAGCGCCAGGUGUCCCCAGGUGGUGAUCGACUUCUACGAGCAGAAGUUGACCUGGCACUGCGGAGAUGAGGAGCAGUGAAGUGUGUGUGUGUGUAUGUGUGUGUGUGUGCGCAUUACCGAGGUGAACUGAUAAACAGCUGUGCUCUCACCUGAAGCUUAGUUUAACCUCAGGCGAGUGUCCUCCUCCUCCUUCAGCUGACAUUAGAGGCACGCUGUGUGAAAUUACGUUUCCGCUGCAGGUUGGAGUGUCAGAUUGUGGCAGGUGCGAGAACCUCAGCGGGGAUGGAUUUUUUUUUUUUUUUGCUCUCAGUCCUGCGGUGCUCCAUGAGGUCACCGUGCCUUUGUGGAGACUGCGAUUGGGGCUUAAACUAACCUUUUGUGUAGAGCGGCUGAUUUUGAGGUCGGACUAACCUGUAGCAGCUUUGGUCUUGUGUCAUCAUGUAGCAGACACAAUCACUGUGGAAUGGUUUUGUUUUUAAGAUUUGUUGUUAUAUAGUGAGUAUUUAUAGUCCUGUUUCCCUACAAGGAUCUUCCACUGGGAGGGCCUUUUGUCAUUUAGUGUGUGCUCUGCAGUAAAUCUUGUAUAGCGACACUAUUUAGGCAGAGUGAACUAACUGCUGUCUUACCUCCAGUCCAUGUAGCUUUUGGUUAGAGAUUGUAGACCUGUUGUUCGGACGCAGAUGUUGUGUGAGGUGUUGAUAGCCGCAGCUUUUACUGUCUCACUGUGUCUCUGUAUGGACCCUUGUGGUUGAUUAUUUAAAAUUGUUGCCCAGCAUAAUUUUGCCCAUGUUUCCAAUCAGCUGCUAUGUACCAAAUGUUCUCUUCUCCUCUGUAUUGAUUUAUAACAAGAACCUUUUUCAGGUUUUAAAAAUAAUUAUUAGGUGCUUUUACCCUAAAUGAAGUCUUGGCAGAAUGAUUCAAAAGGUCACAAUAUUUCUUAAGUAAAUCUAUUGAAAACAACUUUAGUGCACCUGCAGUAUACAAUGGCUAAUAAGAUUGUUAAAUGUAGCACUUUAGAUACGAGACUGUCCAAUUGUGAAGGGCAUUGUCUUCCAGUAGUUAUACAGGCCUGUGUAAAAUACCUGUAUCCUGAUGGCUUUGUCCUGACUCGACAUAUCUCCCAUGACUGUUAUGGGACACUCAGCUGAACCUUAAACCUCCUAAAAACACACCUACUACUGAAUUGCUGUAACUGUUGACCAUGGAUCUGUGAAGUCUGUGAAUAAAGAAAAACAUUUUGUGAA